AUGUCCGCUCCAAAAAAUGCUGUGCGGCUCCUCUGGGCGAUUCUGCUCUUAUCAUUGUUCAACAAGCCAUGCCUGGCCUACCAAAGUACUUCGACGAAAACUACAAUUGAUCGACGAGCGUGCCUCCAAGGUCUCAUUGGAUUUUCCGUAUGCGGUUUCCCAACCAGCGACGCCAACGCCGUCAUAUCCAGUAAGGCGUGUGCCAGUGGGAGGGGCGAAGGAUGCGACGAUCUGGCAGAAGGAAAUGAAUUCAUUCGAUCGCUGCAAGAAAAGAGCGCGGUCAAAGCCGAUGUCUAUGCCAAAGAAGCAAGAGACGCCUACUACAUGAAAAACUACCCCGAUUUCUUUGCCGUAGUUGGAAAGAUCAUGGUCAAAAAACCAGACGGAAGUUUCAUUCUGGUCGAAGAAUCGGAGUUGAAAGCUCUCAUGCAGGACAACAAAAUAUCGCUCGAGUUCCCAAAAGCAAUGGGAGGUAAGGUGACGGACCUAACGCAAAAGCCUGUCAUGGUAUUAAACGAGUAA